AUGACAACCUUUUUUGAGCUCAACGACAGCGACCUCCCAGUAAACAUUGAUAGCACUGACCGCAAAACCCCUCCUUCUUGCCAGUUGUGUAGUCGGGAGUUCAUACAUUUCUAUGCUCUAUCUAUGCACCUUCAAUGCGCCGCAGUACACCUCUCUGAUCGAGACGACGAUUCGUGUAUUCUCGAUGGCGAUGACGUUCUUCUGGCGUAUUUGUGCGGAGACAACGGUAGCUUAGAGCCGGUCGAAGACGAUUCUGACGGAGAUUGUUGGUGGUCUGACGACGAAGAAGAUAGCAGCACCGCAUCUGACUCGGAUGCCUCAUUGCCUGAGAUCGAGUGGGAAUACAGCCAACCGCAAAUAAACUCAGCAGAAACCACACUCUGUCCGGAGAAUGAUCAAGUAGAGUACGGCGUCAAUAUUUCGGCCAAUUCUGUUGUCCGUUAG